AUGGGAAAGGAUGGAGGGUGGUUCGAAAACAGACGACACACAAUCGGUAGUCACAUUACAAGAGCAAGACACGCUGAAGAGAUUGUUAAGUGUAUGAUCCAUGAGUUGCCAAAGAGUAUGCGCCGUGAUCACUGGUCAAGGACGAAGAAAGAUUUGUGUGAUGCCCACCAGGGUCUGAACGCAGAUCUUAUAGCCAAUGUGUUCAAUCUUGUCCAGAAGGAGGUUGGUCACCACCUCCGUAAGUUUGAUGCGUACCCGGACUUGCUGAAACCUCUCGAUAUCUUGAUCCUGGGGAGACUCAAGGCCAUACGAGGAAUGUGGGAGGAACCCGACCCCAAAGACCAGGCUGUCCCAGAAGCAUGGCAUUAUGAGAUCAGUCGCUGUCAGGGAUGUAUGGUGGCUCGGGUUGCAAGUGACAAGCAUGCAUUGCGCAAUCUUCGAAUAGCUCUGCUCGCUCGCACGCAGACUCGUCUGAACCAUGCCCCACGAAGACUGAUGAAGUUUGUCGAUACCUGCAUUGACUUGUUCCCUGAUGAAGUGGAUGAGCUAUAUGGCACAUCUAGUCAGUUUGCUUUCAUUCUGAAGGAUACUCGCAAGGCCUGCAGCAAGGCCUGGUCUAAAAACCCGGCAUAUGUAGAUUCGAGGACCCCACGGCGAAGGCACACCCAUCAUGACACGAAUAGAAAAAGUGCCCAGAGACCAGCUAGUGAUUAUGACCCAAGGACGAAGUAUACCCAGCCACCACCACCAAUCGCAUUUCCUCACCCUGCAGAAAGGGCGCAGGAUGUAUUGUCCGACGUCGAGCCCGUCCAGGAAAGCCUCGAGAACAUCGGAUCAGCACGGAAAGGUCGAGUGCGAGGACUGUCUAUGGACCUCCUGAAGCCCCCCCCGUCACCUAGCACUGCAUGCACUUUCGCUGGAACUUUGCAGGAGAUCGACGAAUUGCUUGAGAUGUACAAAGGCAUUGAAGCAGAUCUCUCGCAAAGCGCCCAAUGGUCGGUACACGGGCGUAGCAAAGUCCCGUCAGAGGGUCAUUCCCCGUCAAUCUAUUCCACUGACAGUGGGUGGAGUGAUGAAGAUGAAGACCGGAGAAAGCCGGAAAGUAGCUCAACGGCGAGAACUACUUGGGAUCUGAUGUGUGAACAGUCGAAUAUGAUUUGA